AUGUUCUACUUCCACUGCCCCCCGCAGCUAGAGGGCGCGGCCCCCUUCGGAGGACACUCCGCCGGCGACUUCGACGACGGGUUCCUGCGAAGGAAGCAGCGCCGCAACCGCACCACCUUCACCUUGCAGCAGCUCGAGGCCCUGGAAGCUGUUUUUGCUCAAACCCACUACCCCGAUGUGUUCACUCGAGAAGAGCUGGCUCUGAAAAUCAACCUCACGGAGGCCAGGGUGCAGGUGUGGUUCCAAAAUCGAAGGGCUAAAUGGAGAAAGACAGAGAGGGGUGCUUCUGACCAAGAGGGCUCUAAGGAAACCAUGGCUGAGGUGGCACCUCCUGCGAGGAAUUUAAAUUCCCCUUCUCCAGCAGAUCAAACCAGGAACAAAAAAGAGGGUCUGGAGAUCCAGCAGAGCCUGAGCCGAUCAGUGGGUCCUACAGGCCCUUUCUUCCCUUCCUGUCUGCCGGGGACGCUUCUCAACACAGCCACCUAUGCACAAGCUUUAUCCCAUGUCGCCUCUCUAAAAGGGAGCCCUCUGUGCUCGUGCUGCGUUCCAGACCCCAUGGGCCUCUCCUUCCUGCCCACCUACGGCUGCCAAAGCAACCGCACCGCCAGCGUGGCCGCGCUGCGCAUGAAGGCGCGCGAGCACUCGGAGGCCGUGCUCCAGUCUGCCAACCUCCUGCCUGCCGCCAGCAGCCCCACUCCUCCUGCCAAACCCGGCCCCGAGGGCAGCCAGGACAAGCAGCCCUCCCCAGCCAAGGAGCACAUGGAAGGGGAGAAGAGCGUAUGA